AUGUCUAGAAAUGAAAUAUCCACUAAUACUAAUAGGUUGAAAUCGGGAUUAAAUUUUCUUUUAGAUUGUAAUAUACAAAAAUUAUUAGAUAUUCAGUUUGAUGUUAAUUUCUUAUUGGAAAAAAGGAUUAAUAAAGUACUACAACAAAAUUUACAAUUAAAAAAGUAUCAUACUAGUAAGCUUUCUUUUGUUGAUCAUGGUAACUAUACGGGCGUGUCAUCUUUGAAACAUAAAGAUAUAAAAGAUACUAAGCAAGAAGCGCUGAAAAGAAGAGAAGAAGAAGAAGAAGAAGAAGAAGAAGAAGGUCUACUUUAUGAUUCUGAAGAAUUGAUAUCAACACAGCUAACACCCCCUUUAAAGAAAUCAAGAAAUAAUAAAUCUCUGUACAAUCAAGGUGUUCAUGUACAUAAUACCAGCGAUAUAGUAAUGCCCAAGAAAGAUGGUGUCAAUAAUGAUAAUAAUGUAUAUAAAUCAGAAUCACAGGAUUCUGAAAUCAAAUCUACGCAGGAAACUUUAUCUUUUAGUUCCCCAUUAAAAUUUGGGGAAAGCUUGGAAAUUUCUAAUGGGUGUCAUAGUAAAAAUGGGAUAAUAGAUAAUGAUUUAGAUGAAAUACACAAAAAUUUAACGAAUAGGUUCCAAGAAGAUAAUUUUUAUUUUGAUGCUAAUAGUUCAGAAUUCUUCAAUAAACCCAAGAUACAAAAUUAUUGUAGGGAACGCACCAAUGUACUAAAGAAUUCUUCACCUGAGCCCUCUAAACCAAUAAACAAACCAUCAAGGAAACAAACUAUUUAUGAUUUAAAUUAUAAUCCAAGAACCAAAAAACCAUGGAUUUUAGAGGAUUUUAAAGAGAACCCCCAUUUUAAGAAAUUAAAUGGAUAUAAUAAAGAUCGCAAAGGCAAUUAUAUUCUAGAAAAAUUAGAUGAUUUAGUUAAAGGCGUUGUAACUAAGGAUGAUCGAAUGCAAUAUAAUUUCCCCAAUUUACGUUGUAGAUCAGAUUCACCGCCAGGAUAUGGUAGAAUGGAUUUCCCCACCACUCAAGAAGAUAUUGAUGACAGGGAGGAGGCCAAUAAAAUUUUGUUUAAUAAAACAAAGGGCCGCCUUUUAUGGGCACUAAACGAACAGAUUCCAUGGGAAGAGAGAGAGUUUCAUUUUAGAAGCAAUAGAUUAAAUAAAAUAGCACAGUAUGGGAAUUUUCACUACCAGGAAAAUAAUUUACAAAUUUUCCAAAGACCUUCCAGAAAAAGGACCGGGAAACGAAAAGGAUGA